UUAGUGCACAUAUUUUUUUUUUUCAUCUUCUUAUUACCACUUUGUCCCCUAAGUGUCCUAGAGGCUCAGCCAAGUGGAAACAUGAAGUUCUGGACACGCGAGUGUCCCAUCCACAUCUCAGCUUGGAGGAGCACUGUCAUGAAUUGCUACUAAACUGUUUCAUCUUCCUUCCACCAAACUGCAGGCAAAGUGACUUGUGCUGAGACUUGGGACUAUAGCCACCAUCAUCUCUCUGGACCUACAUCUGCCUAACAAGGUUUUCUUUCAUUUAUUUGAAGUCAUUGAACUUUAUUAACACAAUCAUGGCUAAUUCAGGGAUCCAGCUCCUUGGCUAUUUUUUGGCUCUGGGUGGAUGGAUUGGAAUCAUCUCCACCACAGCAUUACCUCAGUGGAAGCAGUCAUCCUAUGCCGGAGACGCCAUCAUCACAGCAGUGGGACUGUAUGAAGGACUGUGGAUGUCAUGUGCUUCCCAAAGUACUGGGCAGGUGCAGUGCAAAGUCUUCGACUCUCUUCUCUCCCUGGAAGUUCAUAUCCAGGCGACGAGGGCUCUCAUGGUGGUGGCCAUGCUGCUGGGAUUCAUUGGAAUCAUUAUCAGUGUUGUUGGAAUGAAAUGUACUAAAGUGGGUGACAACAAUCCCGUCACAAAAAGCAGAAUCGCGGUGUCAGGAGGCAUCCUCUUCUUACUUGCAGGUCUGCUGACGUUAAUAGCCGUCUCUUGGUACGCCACUCAGGUCACUCAUGACUUCUUUAACCCGAAUACUCCAGUGAAUGCACGGUAUGAAUUUGGCUCCGCAUUAUUCGUGGGGUGGGCCGCAGCCAGUCUCACCAUGCUGGGAGGAUCCUUUCUGUGCUGCUCAUGUCCCAGUGGAGAGAGGCAAGGGCAACAAUAUUACAGACAGUCCCAACCAUCAGCAACAACCAGAGAAAUUACAAAAGUCCCUAUAAAGAAAAAAGAAGAGACAAGUUAAUGUGAGAGCCCAUCGUGAAAGCCAUGUUGAAAAUGUUUUGGAAAGGAAACAAUGGAAGAUCCUGGAAAUGGAACAAGGAUUAUUUCCUCCUACAAACAGACUGUUGCUUUACUGAAAGACUUUCGCUUUAAAGAAGUUGUGGCAGAUUUAUUGUAAUUGUGAGGAGUUCAAAGUAGAAGAAACUUUUAUAGUCAGGGUUAUCCUACAAAACACUAUCCCCUACUUGUGUCCUUUAAAGCCUUCUUCACUGUAGUGUCUUAUAAAUGUUACGAGUACUGUCCUAACUUCCCACUACCAUCCUAUAAAUCCUACUCUGCAAUGGUGCCCUAUGAACCCUUCUCCUCGUCAUGGUCUUCUAGACAGUAAAACCCAUUCCCCGUUGGUAUCCUAAAACCAAUACUUCGCAAUAAAAUUCCCAAUUGUGUUCUACUUCUCCCAUUAUCUUGUGAACUUUACAGUAGUGUCCCAUACAACUCCCUGCCUAGUGGUGCCUCUAGUCCUUGGUUGUGUCCUAUAAACCUUUGUCUCCAGUAGUAUUCUAUAGAUCCUACUUUAUUCUAUGUCCCAUAAUCCAAAGUCCCUUAUUUUGUCUUACUAGGGCUUCUCCUCUAUAAUGUUCAGCUAAACUUUACUCUAUUAUCUUACAAAGCUUACUCCCAAUGGUCUCUUAUAAACCUCAGUCCCUAUCUGUGACCUAUAAAGUCUUCCCUCCAGCAGUGUUUAAUAAACCUUCUCCCCUCCAUAGGCCUAUAAACCCUUCUCCCCAGCUGUAGCCAAUACACAUUUCUCUCCAGUAGUGUUCAAUGAACGCUUCUCCUCCAUAGUAUCCUACAAACCCUAUUCUUCAGUAAAUCCUACUGCCUAGUAGAGUUCUAUACACCUUACUUAUUGUGGAAGAGAGUCCUUGAAGCCCUCCUCUUCUGCGGUGUCCUAUAUGCACUUGUAUGCUAUGAACUUCACAAUAUGGUAGUGUCCUAUAAAUCCUUCUCCAUGUUCUCCUACUCACCAGUAGUGUCCUGUACACUUUACUCAGAGGUGGUUUCCCGUAAACCCAAUCUCCUCCAGAACUUACUGAAUAAUUCAAAUAGUGUCUAAGGAGGCAUUUUAUUUCCUGCGACCUCACCAGCCACAGAAUUAUAUUACCUGAAGUAUAAGCACUGCCGACUUUAUAAAAUGUUGUAAGGGUUUUUAUUCAUUUUUAGUUUUUGGAUUUCAAAGAAAAGCAGCACAAAACCUUCUUCUGGAGAGCUUCGGUUAUACUACAUUUGCCAUCGCCUUCUUAACAUAGUAAAUCAAGAAUGUGUUAUUGUAUUUUCCUGCAAACAGUCUGAAGGUCACCUUUGAUAAAAUAACAAUUUAACGUCCAAUUUUUUCAUAAGGAAUUGUAAAUAUUAGACAUAGAAUGAAGAACAUGUAUAAUGUUUUGCUGUGAAUGUAACUUUUUUGUCAACUAAUAAAUAAAAUG